GCACUGGAAAAGAAAGGGAUCAGCCACCUGGAUGAGAAGGACCUGAAGGAGCGAAAUAAGCGAAUCCAGGAGGACAAUCGCCUGGAGCUGCAGAAGGUGAAGCAGCUGCGCCUGGAGCGGGAGCGGGAGAAGGCGAUGCGUGAGCAGGAGCUGGAGAUGCUGCAGCGGGAGAAAGAAGCAGAGCACUUCAAAACCUGGGAGGAGCAGGAGGACAACUUCCACCUGCAGCAGGCUAAGCUGCGGUCUAAGAUCCGGAUUCGGGACGGGAGGGCGAAGCCCAUCGACCUUCUGGCCAAGUACAUCAGCGCAGAGGACGAUGACCUGGCCGUGGAGAUGCACGAGCCUUACACCUUCCUGAACGGCCUGACCGUCUCCGACAUGGAGGAUCUGGUGGAGGACAUCCAGGUUUACAUGGAGCUGGAGCAAGGGAAGAACGUGGAUUUCUGGAGGGACAUGACCAUCAUCACCGAGGAUGAGAUAGCCAAGCUCCGCAAGCUGGAGGCCUCUGGGAAAGGAGGACCGGGUGAGCGUCGGGAGGGCGUCAACGCCUCUGUCAGCUCAGACGUGCAGUCAGUGUUCAAGGGGAAGACGUACAUCCAGCUGCAAGUGCUGUACCAGGGCAUCGAGAGCAAGAUCCGGGCAGGAGGACCCAACCUUGACAUUGGGUACUGGGAGAGCCUGCUGCAGCAGCUGAAGGCUUACAUGGCUCGGGCCAGGCUGCGCGAGCGGCACCAGGACGUGCUGCGCCAGAAGCUGUACAAGCUGAAGCAGGAGCAGGGUGUGGAGAGCGAACAAAAAAAAAUCAUCAAGCGGGAGCCGGCCUCCCCCAGCGACAGGCGGGAUCCAGAGGAGAGCAUCGUGGUCCAGCCAGGGCCGUCCUCCGAGCUGGAGGCUGAGCAGGAUGCGGAGGCCAAAGGAGAGGCGGAGGGGGAAGCCGUACUGAUGGAGGAGGACCUGAUCCAGCAGAGCCUGGACGACUACGAUGCCGGGAAGUACAGCCCUCGGCUGCUGGGCCCCAACGAGCUCCCCUUCGACGCCCACGUGCUGGAGGCUGAGGAGGACACGCAUCGGCUGCUGCUUCUGCGCCAGCAGCUCCAGGUCACAGGUGACGCCACCGAGAGUGCCGAUGACAUCUUCUUCCGUAAGGCCAAGGAGGGCAUGGGCGCAGACGAGGCGCAGUUCAGCGUGGAGAUGCCCCUCACGGGCAAGGCCUAUCUCUGGGCUGACAAGUACCGGCCCCGCAAGCCCCGCUUCUUCAACCGCGUGCACACGGGCUUCGAGUGGAACAAGUACAACCAGACCCACUACGACUUCGACAACCCGCCCCCCAAGAUCGUGCAGGGCUACAAGUUCAAUAUCUUCUACCCCGACCUCAUCGACAAGCGCUCGACCCCCGAGUACUUCCUGGAGGCCUGCCAGGACAACAAGGACUUUGCCAUCCUGCGCUUCCACGCCGGGCCGCCCUACGAGGACAUCGCCUUCAAGAUCGUCAACCGCGAGUGGGAGUAUUCCCACCGCCACGGCUUCCGCUGCCAGUUUGCCAAUGGGAUCUUCCAGCUCUGGUUCCACUUCAAGCGUUACCGUUACCGCCGAUGAGGGGCUGCUGGGCUCCCCUCCGGACCGCUGGCACAGGGGAUGGGCAGGGGGCUCUUGUCCUCCGUCACAGACGCUGUCCCAUGGACGUCCCCGGCGCCUGGCCCAGCACGGGACCUAUUCCUGAAGGAUUUCUCUGUCCGUCCUUUUCUCCUGAGGCACACUGAGACUUUGGU